AUGGACAUCGAUACAGCCAGCCAAAGCCUGUCGCCAGCUGCUGCGUCGCACCACCCGAAUUUGAAGCUUCCUGCUGGUUCCGACCCUCCCUCCGAACAGAGUCCCCCAAAGCAGGCAUCAUGGAUCGUUUUUGGCGCAACAGGCCAUAUGGGCCGCUCACUGGUUCGAGCGUUGCUAUCGCACGGUGACAGGUGCACGGCGGUAGGGUGGACUCAGGAGAACACAAUGGGGCAGAUGGAGAAGUGGGAGCAAGAGAAGAACUGUGUGGGCAUGUUGUGCGACGUGCGGGUGAGGGAGACGGUAGAUCAUGUUAUAAGAAAGAGCAUUGAGCACUGGGGACACAUCGAUGUCAUUGCAAAUUGCACCGGAUAUGGCGUGAUUGGCGCAUGCGAAGACCAAGAUGAUUAUGACCUCCGCAAUCAAUUCAACACAAACUUCCUCGGCACCCUGCACAUCAUCCAGCUCUCCCUCCCGCACUUUCGCGCGCAAAACUCUGGCCGCUACCUUAUUUUCUCCUCUACAUCCGGCGCCCUUGGCGUCCCGGGUCUCGGGCCUUACUGCGCGACCAAGUACGCCGUCGAAGGCCUCAUCGAGUCCAUGCUCUACGAGGUGGACUGCUUCAACAUAAAAGCUACACUAGUGGAGCCUGGGCAUGUGCGGCUGGACGAGCCAGAUGAUAUUGUAGUGGGCGGUGAGAAUCCUGGCCCAGACGGUCCACCCAAACCAAAACGUUACGGACAUUUCUUCGUGAAGGAGAAGCUGAGCGAGCCAUAUAACACUGCGACGAGUCCAGCUGGUCAUGCGAAGCGGAUGAUACAAUGGCUGAACGAUCGUCAACCUGUGAGCGCGGUAAAGAGCGCAGAGUUGGUAUGGCAAUUGGGACAUUGCAGUUAUCCGCCUUUGCGUUUACUACUUGGAAGCUACGCCGUGGAAAGCAUUAGGGAUAGAUUAAGAAGCAUUAUUGAGGAGAUCGAGGACUGGAAACAUUUAUCGUUCCCUACAGUUGGGCCGACAGAGGAAGAAAAAGAUAGAGGUGGUGAUGAAAUGGAGCAAGAUGAGCAGGACAACGAGUGA